AUGGAUUGUCCUGGACAUUUACAGUGCUGCUCAAAUGUAAUUGCAGAUAUAGUUACUGACCAGAGAUCAAUCGAAAAUCCCGCGAAUGAGAUUUAUGAUGAUGAAAAUUUGAGUAAUAAGGUACCUAGAAUUUCAUUUCAGGAAAGAGGAAGCUUCUUUAGCCGGCCGUCCUCGCCCAAUGACAAAAUUAUUACGACAGAGCUGCCUUCCUCGGAGAGAUUACCGACCCAGAAGAAUAAACAGGAGCAAGUGGGUUCCAUAAGGCCCAACAAACUACCAUUUCUACAGAGAAUUCAUUCUGGCCAUUUUCAUAUAUGCCUUGGUCUUUGCAGUCAAACUGUUCUUUGGAAAACUCUAGAGGAGAACUAUUCAUCAGUCAUUCAUAUUCCUCUCAAUCUAGCCGCUCAUUUCACGUCUGGGCUGUGGUUUGUUGCUUUAUUAAGUUUUGUUCUGAUAUCUGGGUCAAACCUUUUAAAAUGUUUGUUUCAUUUCGAGACUGUUCGCAUGGAGUAUUUCGAUCGUGUAAGGGUGAACUACUUCUUUGUACCGUGGAUAGCAGCUGUGUUGUUAAGGCUAGGCCUUCCUUCCAGUAUAGCUCCAGAUAAAGUGCACCCUCUCCUUUUCUGUAUAUUUAUAGUUCCCUUCUCUAUCUUAGAGCUCAAAAUCUACGGCCAGUGGUUCACCAAAGGGAAGAGGUGUCUAGCUCGAUUCGCAAACCCUUCCACCUAUUUCGCCAUAAUCGGGAACUUCGUGAUAGCCCGUCUGGCAGCAAAAGUAAGAUGGAGAGAAACUGCAAUGUUUUUCUUGACUGUUGGAUUAAUUCACUAUGCGGUUGUGUUCAUCACGCUUUACCAGAGACUCCCAUCAGACGUAGAUUUGUCGAGAAAGAUAUCCCCGGUUUUCUUUCUGUUUAUUGCAGCUCCGAGCUCGGCUAGCGUGGCGUGGGAAGCACUAUCAAGAUCAUUCGACUCCUUCUCGAGGAUGCUCCUGUUUCUCUCACUUUUCUUGUACUUGGCCUUGGUAGUCAGAGUGGAUUUCUUCUGUAACAGCAUUAGGAAAUUUUCAGUAAUAUGGUGGUCAUUUGCAUAUCCCAUGACAACAACAUCUGUGGCCACACUCAAUUAUGCAGAGCAAGUGAAGUACCCAAUUGCUCGGACUUUGGCUUACGUUCUCACUUGUGUCUCCAUAAUAGUGCCUGUUACAGCUCUACAGAGCUGGACUCAGCCUGUUACAUUUGACUGUUUCCACAGCCUGUUACAGCCUCUUAUUUAUAAAGGUCUUGGAACUGUCUAG